AUGAAGAAGCACACAAGUAACAUGAGAUUUUCCAGCCCAGGAGAAGGCCUUGAAACUUUAAUAUCCGUACGCGCCGGCGAGCACCAACCAAAUACCCGGCCUUUCGCGCCUCCUCCAGUUCUUCGUCGCGUCCUCCUCCUCACCCUACUGCGUCCUCCCUGCCUUGUUUUCCCAACGAUGUCGACCCUCCUCACACGCCAUGCGUGCAGGGCACUAAGAGCUCAAGCUCAAGCUUUCCUACCCGCUAGGAGUCGGACGAUACACGCUACCGCGACACUGCAGAAGAAGAAGGGCAAAACCAUCAUCGACGACCUAUUCGAGGACGAUGCGUUCUCGCCCGACGCUCUCUCUGCUGCCUCCACCACCACGACGUCAACCACUUCACCCACGUCAACAGCCUCACUCACGUCAAAUACUCCUGCUGGCACAACCCAAAAAUCCACAGCUUUCAAACGCCUCAAACUCCCCCCCACCGAGCGCGCCCGCCGCUUCUCUGCCGAGCUCGCCUUCGUCGAACCCCGUAUCGGGCGAAGUCCCACCGUGAAGACACCGCACAUAAGGAAGCGGGUGUGGUUCGGCCUGCUGGACUUGGCGCAGAGUGAGGAGGAGCUGAGGAGGGUGGUUGGGCUGUGGCCGGCGUAUGUGGCUGGGAGGGAGAGGGAGAGGGAGAGGGGGGUGUAUCCGGAGGGGUUGGCGGGGGAUUUCGUUAGACGCUGCGCCGAACUCAAGUGCCCCAACCUAGCCCUGGAAGUAUUCGGUGAUUGGGCGAGGUACAACCUCGACCUCGACCUUUCUGCCGCGCGCUGGCUCGUGCACUCCCUCGCCAUCCCCCUUGUCGCCCCAUCCACCUACUCUCCUUCCUCUACCCCCUCUUCUCCACCUCAGUCUUCUUCCCAAAACCUCGAACAACCCCAACCCCUCGACAAUCUCCUCCUCGCCCUCUCCCUCUAUCCAAUCUACGCCCUCCCACCCGUCUCCUCCGACCUGCCGACGGCAGCGAUGGCGGCAUCUGCGUGCUUCGCGCAUGGUGGGGACAAGGCGGUGAGGCUUGCGGAGGAGCUGGUUCCUUGCAUCGCUGGCUUGGUUGCACAGAGCUCGAACUCGAAUUCGACUGUGGAAGAGGGCAAAGGGAGUGGUGUGGGUAAGGAGAAGAAGGAAGGGAAGGCGAAGGGCAAGGUGCAAGGAGUGAAGGUGGCGAAGGGAAAAGAGGGCAAGGCGAAAGAGAAAGAUAUAGAGCGCGCGAUGGUAGAGAAGUGGACCAAGGGCGCGUUGAGGCGCGUCAGCAAGGAGGUGGAGAAGAGGACGGGGAAGGGGUUGGAUUUGGGGAGGUUGGAGGGCGUCGUUCAAAUCCAGAGUGCGAAAUUGGCGCCCGGUGCUGAGGCAACGUUGUAG